GGGAGAGUCUAGUAGCUAGGAGACCCGGGUGCCAGCCCAGGAACGCGGGUUUGUUAGGGUUUAAUGCAAAGUGACUCUUGGACCCUUUCCCCCCCUUCCCUUCCUCCCCCUCACCCCAACCCCCAGCCUCACUGGAGAACCUCUGUGUUUACAGACAGACCUAGGUCCACCCAUCAGUGGUAUUUACUGAGCGCCUACAGAGUGCCCAGCACUGUCCUAAGCGCUCGGGAGAGUCCGCCAGAAGCAAAAGGUUUGUCCGGCGUGUGGAAAACCGCGCCCGUGGUCCCGGGGGAUGAACAGGUCGCCUCCUGGUCCAAACUCGAUUCCCGCGGUGGUUUCUUUCUUCCCUUCCCCCCCCGCGAAGUCACGAAGGGCAGUUUGAAGGGCUGUAGCGAUGCCUUGCACGUACUUUCGUAGAGGAAUAAGUGCCUUUGAGCUUUCUUUGUGUUUAGAGUUGCUUUUGAAUUGCUUCCCAUAUUUUUAUUUCCUACAAACUGAACAAUUGUGGCCCCUCUAUUUUAUUCAUAAAGGUUCAGUGUAUCUUUGCCUGCCUACAUCAAUCUGCAAGGGAGUUGCAGAAAAUCCUCAUGUUCAUCGAGCCGUGUGGGCAAGAAAACUUUCCCUUUAAAACUUUUCAACCGCGGGCAUAAAAUUCUGCAGCUGAGGUCUUGAAGAAUGCAGAUGGGAGACGAAACCAGGCAGCGGGUCAAGUUCACCGACGAUCGAGUGUGCAAGAGUCACCUCCUGGACUGCUGUCCUCACGACAUCCUGGCCGGAACGCGCAUGGACCUGGGAGAGUGCACCAAAAUCCAUGACUUGGCUCUCCGGGCGGAUUAUGAGAUCGCGAGUAAAGAGAGAGACCUCUUCUUCGAGCUGGAUGCGAUGGAUCAUCUGGAGUCUUUCAUUGCCGAGUGCGACCGGAGGACGGAGCUGGCCAAGAAAAGGCUGGCUGAGACCCAGGAGGAGAUCAGCGCUGAAGUGUCUGCCAAGGCGGAGAAAGUGCACGAGCUGAACGAGGAAAUCGGGAAGCUGCUGGCCAAGGCUGAGCAGCUGGGCGCCGAGGGCAACGUGGACGAGUCCCAGAAGGUCCUCAUGGAGGUGGAGAAGGUCCGGGCCAAGAAAAAAGAGGCCGAGGAAGAAUAUCGAAAUUCCAUGCCCGCCUCCAGCUUCCAGCAGCAGAAAUUGCGGGUCUGUGAAGUGUGUUCGGCGUACCUGGGUCUCCAUGACAACGAUCGCCGACUGGCCGACCACUUCGGAGGCAAAUUACACUUGGGCUUCAUCCAGAUCCGGGAGAAGCUGGACCAGUUGCGGAAAACCGUGGCGGAGAAACAGGAGAAAAGAAACCAGGAUCGCCUGAGACGGCGAGAAGAGCGCGAGCGCGAGGAAAGGCUGGGCAGGAGGUCCGGAUCCAGAACCAGGGACCGCAGAAGGUCGCGAUCUCGGGACAGGCGGCGGAGGCGGUCGAGGUCGGCCUCCCGCGAGCGGCGGAAGUCCCGCUCCCGCUCCCGCGAGCGCCACAGGCGCCACCGGACCCGCUCCCGCAGUCCCAGCCGGGGCCACCGCCGGGGCUCCAGAGACCGCAGUUCGAAACACAAGUCACCCAGAGAUCGGUCUACAAGAGAAAAGUCCCGGGACGGAGAGAGGAAGGAGAGGAGUUUGGAGAAGCGGCACGAGGGCACCAAUGACAAACCACGGCCCAGGCGGUCGGAGGAAGGGGAAGCAGGCGAGAUCUGACCUCGGGGCGGGAGGCGGGGGGCAGGGGAGCGACCCGCACAAACACCCCCGAGACACGUUCUCUCCCGGACCCCGUUCGGCUGUUCCUUCCUGCCGAGCACAACUCAUCUUUUGUAACUUGGGGGUGGGGGGGUGGCUUAUCGUCUCCAACGAUCGUCACCGGUUUUCUAGCUCCCUGGAAUGCCCGGGCCGGCCCGGGACAGGUUGGCGGCACCACCCCCGGGGUCACGAUGUCGCCUCCAGCUUGUCCUCUGGCCUCCCUUGACCCCUGACCUUUCACUCACAUGGGUUCCCCGAGCAGAAGUCACCAACAAGACUGGCCCGGGUGCUCAUUCCACUCAUUCCCAGUUGCGUUAGAUUUCUCCACAUCCUUGGGAACAGGUCCCCGGCAGGUGCCUCGGGGAGCAUUCAGCCAUCCCCCGCAGGGCAUCCCACUCCGGGUUGGAGCGCUCUGGGGAGGGGGCUGCAGUUGGAGGUCCUUGCCACGCUGGAUGUCGGCCCCAUUCUCCCCCCGCCGGUCAUCGUGGCCCCGUGGCCCCAUGGGGGGGCAGGCUGAAGGUGGGCGACCCCCUAUAGAGGGGCCAGGGGAGGGGGCAUCACCCUUUCUAGUCCAGCCCGUUGGCUCUCCCUGAUUUCCCGAUGUCAGCCACCUCGUUCUUCAUGGCCGUACCUCAGAGACCGCCUUCCGAUGAUUCGUUUUCUGCCGCGGCCCUCUCCCCUCCCCUCCUCUCCUCUCCCCUGCCCUUCAGAGACCCGAAGGGCAAACCUUCCUCCCCUCGGCCCCGUGUCCGGUGCUUUUACGAGCUGUCCCCAAGGCGGAGGCCAUUGGAACGUCAUCCCCCCGGCCCGCCCCGACACGCUGUUCCAACAUCCGUGCAUACACACACACACACACCCCGCGCGAGAGUCCUGGUGGCUGAAAGUGGAUUUGUUGUGUGACUCCUCUGCUUCUAAGGAGUUUUGGUCUAAGUAUAAACAUGUCCGUAAAAUACCUUGUGCUCCUGCCAGUCUAACUCGCAUUAAAGUUUUAUGUUUCCGUGGCCUGGAGCGGAA